AGUCCUGCGAGUUAGUGAAUAGUUAGAGCCCAUCCUCCCACUGACCUGCUUCAACUGGAGUUCUCAGUGCAGUGUGCAGUGCACGAACUGCCUGACAGAAAUGACUCUAGCCUGGAGAUACUUACUGAGGGGCUUGCACACGGAGACCUUCUCUCUCAGGACCCCCAGGACACAUGCCUUCCUGAACUCAGGUGCUUUCUGGACUCCUGCAUUCAAGCGCAGUCUUCAUACAAAACCUGACAUGCCACCAUGUGACUUCUCACCCCAGAAAUACCAGUCCCUGUCCUACACUCGUGUCCUGGAGAUCCAUAAGCAGCAUCUAUCUCCUGUGGCAACGAUGUAUUUCCAGAAGCCCUUGCUGCUUCACCAAGGCCACAUGGAGUGGCUCUUUGACUCAGAAGGAAACAGAUACCUGGAUUUCUUCUCUGGGAUUGUCACUAUCAGUGUUGGUCACUGCCACCCGAAGGUAAAGGCAGUGGCACAAAAGCAGCUGGGCUGCCUGUGGCACACCAGUUCCGUCUUCCUCCACCCUCCCAUGCAUGAAUACGCAGAGAAGCUCUCAGCACUUCUCCCGGAGCCUCUGAAGGUCAUUUUUUUGGUGAACAGUGGCUCAGAAGCCAAUGACUUGGCCAUGCUGAUGGCCAGAGCAUACACAAAUAGUUCAGACAUCAUCUCUUUCAGAGGAGCCUACCAUGGCUGCAGUCCUUACACGCUGGGCUUGACAAAUGUCGGACUCUACAAGACGGAACUCCACAGUGGCAUGAGUUGCCAGUCAACAAUGUGCCCAGAUGUUUUCCGGGGCCCUUGGGGCGGAAGCCACUGUCGAGAUUCUCCUGUGCAAACAAUUAGGAAAUGCAGCUGUGUACCAGGUCCGAAUGGGCAGGGAGGAAGGGAGAGAGUGGAAGACUUUUGUCAAGCUAAGGAGCUGUAUAUUGAACAGUUCAGAGACACGUUGAACACAUCUGUACCCAAGUCAAUUGCUGGAUUUUUUGCAGAACCAAUUCAAGGGGUGAAUGGUGUCAUCCAGUACCCAAAGGGCUUUCUAAAAGAAGCCUUUGAGCUGGUGAGAGAGAAGGGAGGUGUGUGCAUUGCAGAUGAAGUGCAGACAGGAUUCGGAAGGCUGGGCUCUCACUUCUGGGGUUUCCAAAGCCACGCCGUGCUGCCUGACAUCGUCACGAUGGCCAAAGGGAUUGGGAACGGCUUUCCCAUGGCAGCAGUGGUGACUACUCCAGAGAUUGCCAAAUCUUUGGCUAAACGACUGUAUCACUUCAACACCUUUGGAGGGAACCCCUUGGCCUGCGCCAUUGGAUCUGCUGUGCUUGAGGUGAUCAAAGAAGAAAAUCUGCAAGAAAACAGUCAGGAAGUUGGCACCUACAUGUUACUGAAGCUCGCUGAGCUGAGGGAUGAGUUUGACAUCCUGGGAGAUGUGCGGGGGAAAGGCCUCAUGAUCGGGUUGGAGAUGGUGCAGGACAAGAUGAGCCGGCAGCCUCUUCCUCAGGAUGAAGUUAGUCAGAUCCAUGAGGACUGCAAAGACAUGGGGCUUCUGCUGGGCAGAAGUGGCAUCUUUUCUCAGAGUUUCCGCAUUGUGCCCCCAAUGUGCGUCACUAAGCCAGAAGUGGAUUUUGCAGUGGAGGUAUUUCGUUGUGCCUUAACCCAACACAUGGAGAGAAGAGCCAAGAAAAAAAUAUAAAUAAGAAACCCUAAGCCACAAAGAAGUUCUCACUUACACGCAAGAGAAAUCUGAGGAAUUCCAAAACCACUGGUCCAAAGAGAAAUUGUAAAGCUGUCUGUAGUCAUUGUAAGACCUGGUUUCGCUGUUUCUGGGCCAUAUUUGUUAAGAGGUCUUUGUGAUCUCAGAGAUGCCGUCCUUCUGGGAAACUGUCUCCAUCCCUAUCUCCCAACAGAAGUCCUAACUCCUCUAUAUUAGUCUACCAUAAUGUGAUUCCCUUUGAAUUAACUGGCUUCUGCAUGAAUAUGUAGUAUAUAUUUGGACCACAAGCCUUAAAAACAUCUUUUGUUGGAGGCACUU